AAACAGCAUAAUUAUUCUAAAAAUUCUCUCUUAAUUACAACAAGUAUACAUGGAGCAGCCAAAGCCAAACUGCCCGGGCACUGCCCAGAAAACCGCCACGGCGCAAGCACCGCCGGAGAAGGGAUUUUCCGGUUUCGUGGUGGAUUUCGCGAUGGGCGGAGUGUCGGCAGCAGUGUCGAAGUCUGCCGCAGCGCCAAUCGAGCGCGUGAAGCUCAUGAUACAAAACCAAGAUGAACUUAUCAAGAGUGGUAGGCUGUCUCGGCCGUACAAAGGGAUCGGUGACUGUUUCAAGAGAACAAUCAACGAGGAAGGAUUUGCUUCCUUUUGGAGAGGAAACGGCACUAACGUGCUUCGUUACUUCCCCACUCAGGCUUUCAAUUUCGCAUUCAAGGAUUACUUCAAGAGCCUUUUCAAUUUCAAGAAAGAGAGAGACGGGUACUGGAAAUGGUUUGGCGGGAACCUGGCCUCCGGUGGCGCAGCCGGCGCUUCAUCUCAGGUGAUUGUUUACUCUCUUGACUAUGCUCGUACUCGCCUCUCCAACGAUGCCAAAUCCGUCACCAAAGGAGGCCAAAGGCAAUUCAACGGAUUGUUCGACGUCUACCGCAAGACCUUAGCAUCUGACGGCGUCCCCGGGCUGUAUCGAGGAUUCAACAUAUCGCUCCUCGGCAUCAUCGUCUACCGCGGCCUCUAUUUCGGAAUGUACGAUUCUUUGAAGCCCCUCGUGCUAACCGCAGAUCUGCAGGAUUCAUUCUUGGCUAGCUUCGGGCUGGGUUGGGUUGUGACGAACGGCGCUGGGCUUGCGGCGUAUCCAAUCGACACUGUACGGAGAAGGAUGAUGAUGACUUCGGGUGAAGCGGUAAAAUAUAAAAGCUCGUUGGAUGCGUUUACUCAAAUAGUGAAGAAUGAGGGUGCCAAAUCUUUGUUUAAGGGGGGCGGCGCCAACAUUCUACGCGCCGUCGCCGGGGCUGGUGUGCUCGCGGGCUAUGAUAAGUUGCAGUUACUCGUUUUUGGGAACAACUAUGGAUCCGCAUCCGCUGCUUCUUGAUUUAAUAUCACUUCUCUUCUUUUUUUUCCCUACCAAAAGCUAUGUUGUUUAGUUUCGCCAAAUUAUUGUUGUUUUUUUUAGUAAACUUGUCAAUCUUAGGCGCAUUAAUAAAGAGACAUAAUUAUUUCA